AUGAAUGAGAGUGAAAGGAUGGUGAUGAUCCAAUUGGCUGAGGUGGAGCAGGCGUCUCUGAUGUCAGAGCAGUUGUCUGACAAGUCGUCAUCACUGGCCCUUCCUGAUGAUCUUAGUCUGGACGACCACAGUGACUACCAGCUCCUGGUCAGGGACGGCAAGGAGGAGAGAGGGAGCAGUGACUCCCACAGUUCUGAGGAACUGAGGGGGAUUCAGGCUGGGUGUGGAGGGCGCUGGGGGCACGGAGGUUCUCGACCCCACAGCAGAGGCCCUGAAGAUGGGGUAGGGUUCCUGCUAGAGGUGGGUGCCCAGCCCCAGUUCCAGAGCCAGUCUCUCCAGUACCUCCACCACAACAGAGAUAAUAACUGUACAUCAACAGAUGGUGAUGGCCAUCACAGUGACCAGGUUGGCAGUGUCGGAUGUAGAGGUUCCUCCUCUCCUCUCUUCCAUCUCCCUGUGGAGUUCUUUCACCCCACCACAGCCACAGCGGUCCCCCCACCCAUCCACAGGAUGGGGGUAGACCCAGGGGGGAGAGAGGCAUCCAGGCUGCCAUCCCCAGCCUCCUGGUCCUCUCUGCGCUCCCCAGGGGCCAACAGCAGUGUCCUAGACUCCCCAGGGGCCAACAGCAGAGUCCUAGACUCCCAAGGGGCCAAAAGCAGGGUCCUAGACUCCUCAGGGGCCAACAGUAGGGUCCUAGUUUCCCAGCACCCGUCCCACAGUGACUCGUCCCUGGCCACAGGCAGCUCCGAGGGAAGCCUCCAGACCACCCUGGAGGAAGGUCUCAGCUUUAGCGUCUCCCCCCCUCGAGUCUCCCUGGCCCUGCCUCUCCUCUGCCCUCUCCCCCUCCCUCACCUUGACGAAACACGACAAACCCCCAGAUCACUGGGUCACCCCUCAAUGAGAGGCCGCAGUACAAUAUUCAACCUCCAAGCAACUAGAGGGCACCAGAGGAGCCAGAGCAGCUGUGGCAGCAGCACCAGUCCAGGCUGCCCAAGGCAAGACUCUAUGGACCCUUCAGAUGACGAUUGUGGGAUAGGGAUGGGAGGCGAAGGAUCCAGUCAGGCUUUUAACAGCGAACGUUUAUCAGAGACACUUAGUAGUUUGUCUCUGACGUCACUGCUGUCACCUAGCUCCCUGGCACCCCCUCUGGUGAAAAAAUGUAAUAGCACUGGGAGUUUGGACCAGGCAAAUCUUUCUGUCAGGAGUAAAGAUGGACAACAGUACUAUGAGAUAGAUGCUCAUGGAUACCUCACCAACCCUUGGACUGAGAAGAGGGGUGGACAGGAAGGGGAGAUGGGGUUUGGAGUUAAAGGUACGAGCCAGAUGAUGGAUGCCGGCUCAAGGAAAAACAGAUGAAACUUUAUCUAUCGGUUGGAACUUUUUUUUCUCCUCCAGAGGUGUUUGAUUGAUAUCUGUUCAAUGAACUCGUCUCCUCCCUCUUUCGCUCUCUCUCUUUCAUCAGUGAGAUGUCCAUGUUCUCUUCUUUCCAUGACGAUUGGGUGAAAAUUGAAGCUGAGGAAUUGGUAUACAUUUUGUGGAGGAUUACAAUGACUUCUGGGUAAUGGUGUUUAAUUAAGGCAUCUCCUUUUCUGAGACAUGUGGAUAUUCUUUGAGAGGACUACAGCAAUGACAGGACCCUUGAAAGACAUGCUAAUUCUGGGCUUGCAUGGAGCAUAGUCGCCCUCAUCCAUACACCCAAAGAAAAGCAAAAACAAGUACCAAAAUGUGAAUUUCGUGUGAGCAUUGUCGGAACAAUGAUGAACCUCCAAACAUUGAUGAAACUCCAAAAGUUAACGAUUGCGAAACAGGGCUAGCUUAGCUUAGAGGCUAAUGCUAACGCUCCUGUGAUUGACAACAGGGCUAGCAUAGCCCAGUGGCUAAUGGUAGUCUAAUGGUUUUGUCCUCCUGAAAAAAGACAAUGCUCAUUAUUAAGAUAAGCAGAUUGUAGAGUCCUUUCGAUGAGACUUUGUACAGAGUUGUUGUUUUUUAUUCACAUCUAUAAGGUAGCAUUGAUUACCAACUUUUUCUUUUAGCUUAACAUUUGAUAGGUGAAAGAAAAUCAAGGUUGCAUAUUUGAUGGGUUUUCUAGUUAUAAAACAUAUUGGAUCUGUAUGAAUGCAGAUGUGUCCCUCUGUGUGUGUUAGGGUGAGAUAUAAAGGCUAAUCUAGAAAUACUAGAACUAGCAAAAGGGCACCUUUUGAAUGGAAAAUAAAUCAAUGUGAGAGCUAUAGUGAAGAGAUGUGGGGAGUGAAUGAGAACAUAUGCCGUACCAUAGAGGAAUAGGCCAUGUUCUCAUGAAUCACCCAUGAACCAAGGGCUUCAGAGAAGAUGCUCUCCUGUCCCUACUGGAUAGAUGCACCAUAUCCAAUGAGAGAUCGAGAUCGGACGCCAUCUUGGUUGGUGAAACACAAAGUAAAACAAAGUCCCGGUCAGUUUCACAAAAUGGAGUUCUUGUCUCUUGUGUCCCCCCCCCUUGUUGACAUUUGUGCAGCGUUGUGUAUCGACGUUUUGAAGGAAAAUUCUAUACCUCAGGUGGAUUACAGAAAACACUGAAGUGGAUCUAUAAAAUAUUUUUUCCAACGCUCACACUCAGAUGGUCACAUAAAUACACAAGCGCACCCACACCGCAACCACAAAGAUGUCAAAGAUGUCCGCUUACCUGCAGUAUGUUUUGGUUUUUCUUGAAGACAGGAAGAGAUCAGAGAGGAACAAAUCUCUCACUCGAUCGCUCGUCGUCCAGCUUAUCCUCCUUUCAUUCUUUCUCAUUAUCCGUUAGAAUUAAAGGGGCACUCCACUAUUUUCUAAGCUCAUAUUCAAUAUCUCCAUAUGGACACCGGCAUGUUGCAGGAAGGACAGUAGGAAUUUCAGGUUAAAUAAGUAGCGAAGUGCCACUUUAAAAUACCCAGUUGGAAAAGACAGUUUAUUUAACAUGUUAUCCCCCUGAGUAUGAGAUAUGCAAUAUGUGAAGCAUACAGAUAUAUAUGACACAGGUAUAGGUAGGAGAUAGGCAAGAGGGUUCAAAUAUAUCACUAUUAUGUAUUACAGUAAAAUGUCAAUAGGCUCCAAUGAGAUUCAAAGGUCAUUCAAUUAUGAUGUGUUAGAAUGUCUGUGUAUUCCCAGAUGGUAGGAUCAGGAUGUCUUUUGUUCUUGUCUUUACCCCCGCCCGCUAAGUUGCAUGUUGUUAUUCUUUUGUGAAAUGACAUUUUAGAGUCAUAAAAGUGGAUUAGCUUCUCAACCUCGGCGGAUUCUUGAUUCUUUAACAUGGCGACUCGUCUCAUUUACAGGACGCGUCAUCGUUCAUCUGAAUGUCGGACCCUUUUCAUCUUCCCAUGUUAACCGUUGACCCUUUUCAUCUUCCCAUGUUAACCUUUGAUCCUUUUCAUCUUCCCAUGUUAACCUUUGAACCUUUUCUUGAGGCACCCAAAGUCUCAUUCUGUCUCAAAUGUUAAUUGAUUAGCAGCUGUGUGGGAACCCUAGCAGUUGAUAGCUCCGUUUCAAUGCAUAAAUCCUAGUGAUGCCUUAUUGAACGGGGGAUGUUGUCUGUUUUGAUUGUAAGGACGAAGUGCAGGUUUGUUAGUGCUGCCUACAUGUGUAUGUCAUUUUGAGAGUAGAUUUGUAAGGAUAGAAUAUCACAAUUAGAAUAGAACACAAACCCAACCUGUGUAUUAAUACAUAUUCAUCCGUGUCAAUGUUGAAACUCUAAAUCUGGUGUUCUUCUUCUCUCUCGCUAAACAUAACGGGUUCCAAACUACUCCAACUAUUCAAAUAGCCUACUUCAUUUACCUUGGGCAUUCCUCUUGGUUGUUCUAGCUCAACAAACAGAUAGACCAAGUCAUAGACAUAAGCUAAAAGAUGAUCAAAUCAAAUAGAAACUUCAGUGUCUCUUAGGACCCUGACGUGUGUGUGUGUGUGUGUGUGGAAACAAGGAUAAUAUCUUUGACAAAUAUUUGAAAUGAGAAACCGUGGGUUUGGCACUUGUAGUUGGCUUCAGAUUUAAUCACUUGGUCCACACAAAUAUAAAUGUCAUUUCGGUUUCUUUAAAAAACUGCAGAUUUGUCUUUGCCGGGUUUUUAAAGCCCCUUAACGUUCCAUGAUGCUAACACCAUGUUAAGAUACAAACUUCACGAGACUACAUAUGUUCAAACAUAUUUUGUUCACAGACAUUUCAAAAGAUUUGAGGCCAGAAGAGAUGUUGUUUACUAUAAAAGGCUGCUAUUCAACCAACCGGGUGUUUAGUAAGCCUUUGAUACAGUAUCUGAAAUGAACACAUCUCUUAUCUCAUCACGUCAGAUUAGAUGCUGUUCAGUCUCACAGAGAUAUAUCAGAUGGCAGUUUAUCUUCUCUUUUCAUUUUUCCCCCUCUUUUCUUUGUUUUUCAUGUCCUGCUGUCUUCAGAGCCGUGUCUCACUGUUUAGUGUCUUAAAUGAUGAACCGUAGCAUCACAGUCUUCCUCACACAGCUUCCAACACUAGAGAGUGUUUGACAUCUACAAGUAUCAAAGAGAAGCAUAUGACUCUUAGCAGCAGGUGUGUUUGUCUACUUGAAUGAGUGUGUGUGUUUGUGAAUGCUCGUCCCUCUGCCCGAAAUAUGACCUACUACACCAUUGUAGGAAACGGCUGCAAUUGAAGAAAAAAAUUGAUGUAUGAAAGUCAUUGAUCCUAGUCACAAUCUUUCCUGUGGGUUUCUUGGUAUUCAGCAGCAACAUGCACAUGAUCAGCUAGCCAAGGCUUCAUUCAAACACUAUUAAGUGCAAACAACACUAGCUUUCUGUGACUGGGUCUCGUCCUCUAAGUUUGAAAGGGUUUUUAACAUCAAUCUAUGGUAGCGUUGCAAAUGGCCCUCUAUUCCCUAUAAUACCCUGAGGUUAAAAGUAGUGCACUAUAUUGGGAAAAGGGGGCUAUUUGGGACAAGUCUGUAACACUUGUACACCUGGGGUUUUACCUCCCUUGGAUAGAACCCGACUGAUCGAAAAACACAUGCACGCACACACACGCACGCACGCAUGCACAUGGACACGCACACACACACACAUACAGACACACACACACACACACACAGCUUGAUACGCUGGCACACCUGCGGCUCCCUCCUCCCCCCUGGAGAGAACCUGUCUGAUCAAAAGACUGCUUACAUGAACAGGCAUUUAACCACUAACACACAGCUGUCCACAGCAAUCUACAAGCCUCUGAUGUACUGUACUCACAUUCUAUUGAAUUAGAUGAAGACAGAGAGAGAAGCACAAAGGUUACUAGGUGUGUUUGAUCAGACUAACACAAGAGAAGGAAGAAUAGGAAUGAAUAGGAAUGAAUGAGAGUGAAAGGAUGGUGAUGGUAAUAGGUGUGUAGUGUGUAUACACAAACACACACACACACACACCUUCGCUGGCAUGACCCCAGCCUUAGCUUGUUAGAUGUUGGCCAGCUGUGGAGAGGGUUGAUGUUGAGUUGUGUUCUGGGUGUGUAUGGACAUCUGGCAUACAUGGAGGGAGGGAGCAAGGGAGGAGAGAGGUAGCGAGCACGCGAGAGAGGGAUGUGGAAGGGAGGGAGGGAUGGUCCUUUGAAGUUGUCACCCUCAGGAUACACAGGUUCUCUCUUCUCUCACAUCUCAGAACAGUUGAUGUAAUGGAAUAGAUAUGCAGUUUAACACUGUUCAAAGUGCCAUCACCUCAGAGUAAAGAGAGGGAUGGAGAGAAAGAGAGACAGGGGGGGGGACAGUGCAUGUGAUGUGUGAAUUCAUGCUGUCAUUGCUGUGUGUAUCACUCAGUUAUAGGACCCUUCUGUAGCAACGCAGCAUAUGGAGGUGUCUAUUCACCUGCCAUUUGAACACAGGCAGUGACAAGACCACCCGUGGGGUCCUAAUGUGUCAACAGUAAUUAAGCAUCGUUCAAGUCAACGUCCCCAUCUCCCUACACUGUUAGUGCUGCGGCUAACGCUAAUCUGUAAACUAGCGUGUCUUGAUUGGUUUAGCUUGACAGGUAGCUUAGAGGUGAUGUGAUCUUCGUCUGACUGACAGAUUGAGCCGUCACAUUGACUUAAUUGAACACUAAUUAAGAUGGUAGACGGCUGUUAUAGACUACACCUGUCCCAUUGGUUAUAAUGGAGUUCAGACGACUUUACACCGUGUGAUACAAUAGGCUGAUUGGUCUUCUCAAACCAAUGGGAAUAUAUCACUGAUUUCCAAAAACACACCAGUUUGCACCUUUACGUGAUUGUCUUCAUAUUGUGUUCCGUUGAAUGAAACCUUCUGGGUGGGUUUUAAAUGAUCAUGUUUACAAGGUGGGAUGAAUCUAUUCACAUUUCCUCAUCCAAAAGCAGUUUUCACAACAAAGUGGGGCAAUGAGAAAUAAAAAUAAAAUGGAUCAUUACGAACUGUAGAGAACGCCUUCACCUGGAAACAUAAUGUGAUUUAAUAAAUGAUGUUUUGUUGCAGGGGAAUGUGGAUUAUACAUACAUGCACACACACACUAAGACCAAACUUAAGAGCUUUACCACUUGAUUGCAUUCUUUACAGAAAUAAGAAGAUAAGAACUCUCUCAAUUUAAUUGGAAUUCCUCUAAAAUAUAUAUAUUGCAAUGCAACACUAGUGGGUUUUAGAAACUGGUGGGCUCAGAAAGCCAAUUAAUCACUGAAGCGGCUACAUGUGUUUUGCUGUCACAGAGUCUUUGUUUAAUGGAGGUGAAUGACAACGAAGAGCCUGUAGAUGAAGACAUGCAAUUACCAGCCUAUUUCCUUAUCUAGGCUUAGGGUUUAUGACCAUAUAAGGACCAUAUUCAGUCACAUAAAGUACUUGUACAUGAAUAGUGCAAGGAGUUAAUGAGUACAGUCUGUGUGUGCGUGUAUGCGUGUAUGUGUGUGCGUGUAUGCGUGUAUGCGUGUAUGUGUGUGCGUGUAUGCGUGUAUGUGUGUGUGUGUGUGUGUGUGUGUGUGUGUGUGUGUGUGUGUGUGUGUGUGUGUGUGUGUGUGUGUGUGUGUGUGCUUUUCAUUAGCCUAAUAGGCAGUCAAAUUGGUAUUACUACAGCCCAAUAAGAUACUUGAUAUCCCCUCCUCAAUUUCAAUUACUGAAACCACAGUGAGGAGAAAUAUAAUGGAAAGCAAAUUAUUGUCAUUGUUGAUGAGGUUUCCUCUCUCAUCUGGUCUGUGUGUGGUGUCAGUGUGUGUCUGAUUGAGGUUGAAGGGGGACGUGCUGUGUGUGUGUGUGUGUGUGCAUCCGUGUGUGUGCGCAACUACAAGUAUGUGUGUGUGUAUGUGUGUGUGUGUGUGUGUGUGUAUACGCUCGUGUGUCACCAUCAUGAUCUAUCUGUGCUCGCUCUUAAAGGACAAACACAUCAAUCACAACAGCGGCCAUUUUGUUCUGAAUAAGAAAAGGGGUCAGUAGGCUAGCUCAGGCUAACUCAGGAAUCUCCAUGUAUUUACAUAAUAUUGGUUGUACAGUACCAGCACUAUCUUGAGAAACCCAUUCAUUUAUUUAUGUUCAACCAGCAACUACCUCUCUUACUCUCAAACAGACAGAUCCUACUCAUUCCAAAACCAUUUCCCAUGUCUCAUUUUCUCAGAUCACAUUGUCUCCUUCCCUCUCCUCUCUCUGUCACUCUGUCCUAUCCCUCUUUAGCGCAGCAAUCAGACUCGCGUAAGGGAAGGAUACAUUUUCAUGACAAUGUGAUCUGAAAAGCUCAAAGAGGCUAACAGUGGUAGAGCAUUGAUGUGUGUGUCUGUGAACAUCUCUUCCUCCACAUGAGAAAUGGUUGUGGAAUGAGUGGGAUCUGUCUGUUUGAGAGACGUUGAUGUAGAGAAUUCAUAUAGUCCUUUGAUUAUUUCCCCCUCCACUCACCCCGAACAUUUCACAUGUCAACCUGUGUGUUUCUGUGUGUUGUCACCUGUCAUGCUAUUGUCUGUAGUCAUAAACACAUUACACCCACAUCGUGUUUAUGACCAUAUAAGGACCAUAUUCAGUCACAUAAAGUACUGUACAUGAACAGUGCAAGGAGUUAAUGAGUACAGUCUAUGUGUGUGUGUGUGUGUGUGUGUGUGUGUGUGUGUGUGUGUGUGUGUGCUUUUCAUUAGCCUAAUAGGCAGUCAAAUUGGUAUUACUACAGCCCAAUAAGAUACUUGAUAUCCCCUCCUCUGUUUCAAUUACUGAAACCACAGUGAGGAGAUAUAUAAUGGAAAGCAAAUUAUUGUCAUUGUUGAUGAGGUUUCCUCUCUCAUCUGGUCUGUGUGUGGUGUCAGUGUGUGUCUGAUUGAGGUUGAAGGGGGACGUGCUGUAUGUGUGUGUGUAUGCGCUCGUGUGUCACCAUCAAAUGCAUUGCUUGACUGCCGUGAGGGUGAUCAGCACAAUAUCAUUUGCGAACUGCUGCCCCCCAAACGAUUCUCGAGAAUGAGUUUGUUGAGCAGAGACUGUGUGUGUUUUUGGUUCGACAAAGCAGUGUCCAUCAUAACAUUCAAUAAUCAAUGAAUUGCAGUCAUUGUUGCACCAUGCGAUCAUUUAUCAGUUCUGAUAAACGCUCUACGCUGCCUGGAGCAUGAUCUGUUGAGCCUGAGCUCAUAUAUGACAGACAGGUGUGGUGAGAUCAUAUAUGACUGACAGGUGUGGUCAGAUCAUAUAUGACAGACAGGUGUGGUGAGAUCAUAUAUGACAGACAGCUGUGGUGAGAUCAUAUAUGACAGACAGGUGUGGUGAGAUCAUAUAUGACAGACAGCUGUGGUGAGAUCAUAUAUGACAGACAGAUGUGGUGAGAUCAUAUAUGACAGACAGCUGUGGUGAGAUCAUAUAUGACAGACAGCUGUGGUGAGAUCAUAUAUGACAGACAGGUGUACUGUCAUCUCCAAGAACUUGAGUGGACAGUGUGUUGACUUGGUCAGUCCUCUGGCAUAGGGGCUGUACACAUCAAUAUUCCCUCUUCAUUAGAUAAUGCAGUAUAGUGGUUGUUCUGGUUUCUACAGUAACACAGGUGUUAAAGGAGAUGUGAGUGAAAUAACAUAUUAUUAUUCUCCCCUCAACCCUUCACUCCUCCUCCCCAUCCUCUCUCCUCUCCUCCACCCAUGUACUCCUCUGUUUCUAUCACUCCUCCUCCCCAUCCUCUCUCC